AUGAAUUAAUAAUUAAAAAAAUUAGCAGUCCUAUUAGUGAGUAAAAAGAAGGAUCAAACCUGUAUUCCAUUUAUGCAACAAAUACGAAAUAAAUUCCCUUAGCAUAAAUAUAUAAUAGAUGAAGAAUAUAAAAAUGAACCUGUAGAUUUAGUCAUAACCAUCGGUGGUGAUGGAACAAUUUUGUAGAGCUCCAAAACUAGUGUAGGCAUGCAUCUAGAAUGUUUCAAUAAACAUUGAC